ACCGUGCGCUGAUGCUCGUCCACAUGCAUGCACACGCAUCACUGUCGGCCGCACAAGUGUCACUAAAGCAACAGUGCAGCAACAACAAAGUAACACAAGUGACCGGCACGAUGGAUGGACAUCACAAAGACCGCAGAAUGACUCACUUGUGGAUAUUGACGUUUUUGAUAGCGGUCUAGCCUCUUGUUUUGCACUGGAUAACUGUCCCCCCCCCCCCCCCCCCCAUCCCGGGCAUCUCCUCUUGGAGCUGGAGCUUCUACUGCGGGAUUCUAUUUAUUUGCAUUUCCCAGCGCCAGGAUUUUUUUGGGGACUAAACACGUCUAAGGAUACGCACAUCAAGCUCUAAAGGAUGGCCGUUUGGUUCACAUCUAUCCUCGCAAUAGUUAUAACAUGUUUUACUCAGGUUCUGGGAUCAGGUGUGUUCGAGAUCGAUCUGCAUCACUUUGACAAUUCCAAAGGUUCGCUGGCCAAUGGAAGGAGCUGCGGCGUGAGCGGCUGCAGGACUUUUUUCACGGUUUGUCUGAAGAAUUUCCAAACGGUGGUGUCUCCCGGAGGUUGUCUUUUUGCCAAGGCCAGUACUCCUGUUUUGGGCAACGACUCGUUCAGCAUGCAGCCAGACACCAGGCUGCGCUUGCCUCUCAACUUCACCUGGCCGGGUGCCUUCUCUCUCAUUAUUGAAGCUUGGCAUUCGUCUGCAGAGGAGCCUGGAGCAACUCCUGUAUUCUUCCCUCCAGACACCACCAACCCUGAAUUGUUGAUUGGCUCUUUUGCCAUCCAAAGACAGUUGGGAAUAGGGAAUGAGUGGUCCCAGGAUGUGCAGAGCGGGACGCAGACGGAGCUAAGGUACUCAUACCGCUUCAUCUGCAAUGACAAUUACUACGGGGACACUUGUUCCAAAAUAUGCGCUGCCAGAGACGACCUUUUUGGCCACUACACCUGCAAGCCUGACGGGCAAAUAGCGUGUCUGCCGGGAUGGAAGGGACAAUACUGCCAAGAACCGAUUUGUCUGGAAGGGUGCAAUGAAAAUAAUGGAAACUGCACAAUACCCGGAGAAUGCAAAUGCAGAGAAGGCUGGCAGGGCGUCUUUUGUGAUGUGUGUAAACUGCAUCCAUCGUGUAAACAUGGUACCUGCAUGGAGCCGUGGGAGUGCGCCUGCAAGGAAGGCUGGGGGGGUAUACUGUGUGACCAAGAUCUGAACUACUGCACCCAUCACAAGCCGUGCGCCAACGGGGCCACGUGUUUGAACACGGGCCAGGGCAGCUACACCUGCGCCUGCCUGCCGGGUUUCACCGGGGUCAACUGCGACUCGGAGGUCAGGGAGUGUGACGGACAGCCCUGUCGUAACGGAGGCAACUGCUUAAAGACGGAGAGUGGAUACAGGUGUGAAUGUCCACUCGGCUUUACCGGGCCACACUGUGAACUACGGACUCUGACGUGCUUGGACACGCCUUGCUUACUUGGUGGCAAAUGUAAAGAGACAGAGAACGGUCAUAGUUACGUGUGUGAGUGUCCAGCGGGCUACACUGGACUCAACUGUGAGAAGAAAGUGGAUAAAUGCACCUCCCUACAAUGCACCAAUGGUGGCCAUUGCAUGAUGCGCGGCAACCUGCGCGAGUGCAGCUGCCGCGCAGGCUUCACGGGCCUGCGCUGCGAGAUCAACAUCAACGAGUGUGCCAGAGAUCCCUGUGCUAAUGGCUCCACCUGCAUAGACCGCAUCAACGACUACACCUGCGUGUGUCCGCCCGGCUACACCGGACGCCACUGCGAUAGGCCAACUGACCGCUGCACCUCCUGGAUCUGCCUCAACGGCGGCACCUGCGCCAUCGGCACCAAAGGCCGGCCUUCCUGCCUUUGCCCCGCCUUUUACAGCGGCCCCCGGUGUCAGUCCAUGCCCGUGCCUUCAUCUAACCGCCCCAAUACAGGCUGGGAGUCCAGAGAGAAGCUUAACUGGGUGGCCAUUAGCUCGGGCGUAGGCCUGGUGGCAGCUCUCGUGCUCUGCUGCAUGUUCAUUGUGGUCAUGAAGCACGUGAAGAAGCAGAGAAGUAAACAGCAGGCCUCCGAGACCAUAAACAACCUCUCCAAGGCAGGUUUCCAGAAAGAUAACCUUUUAUCCACACUGGAGCUCAAGAACACCAACAAGAAGAUGGACUUGGAGGUGGAUUGCUCGAGAGAGAAGUCCAACCACAAACACAUCAACCACUUCCACACGGACUAUAAAACAUCCAUGGGGUACAAAGAUGAACAAUGCCUUCUAGACAAAGAUGAAAACUGUGAAAAGAUGAUAGAAGAUAAAAAGCAACUGAGUAGAAUGUACAGUGAAAGGCCAGAAUGCAGAAUAUCAACAAUAUGUUCUUCCAGAGAGUCCAUGUAUCAGUCUGUCUUUAUGAUAGCAGAAGAGAAACAGGAAUGCAUCAUUGCAACUGAGGUAUAAUAAAUGGAAGACGUGACCACGAUUUCUUGUGGACUGUUUACAAGCGUGGGGAGAGACUGGGAUUUAUUUAAAUGCAAAGUUGCUGCUCUUGAAAACUUUAUAACUGGACGGAGCCCGAGCGCUCGACGAAUGCAAUAGAACUAAAGCUACUAAACUCUGGAAGAAUGUAAAGACUUUGGGACUGAAUGUUGUGCAUCCGGAUAUUUGCGAUUUUUUUUUCCCGACAUCUGUGUUCUUCUGAGGAUCUGAGGCCCGGAGGCUCAUACUGUACUUGCAUGUUAACGAGGACAAGAGGACUUUGUUGAUGCGAUCCCCUCCAGGUUAUUGCAGCAAUCAACAUACAAAAGAGCAAGCGACAAGCCGGCUGGAGGAGUUGGCUUUUUGCUAUGGCGUUUGUCUAAAAGCCUACUAAAAACGGUUCAUUUUUGGUCGUCAGGUUUGAAAAAAAAAAAAAAAAAUAAAAAAUCACAGAAUGUCCAAAAGCAACCUCCUAGAUCACAGAGCCUUAUAUUUAAGCAAAACAUUGUGCCCCUAGCCUUAUCUUAUCUUAAUUCCUUUGCACAGACGGACAAAAAGAUGCAAAGCGAUGCAAUCCUAUAACCACAUAUGCAGGGAAAUUCAUGAUAAGUUUUUAAAUCUUAUGCAAAAAUCACACUUAAGACAAAGAAAUAAGUAACUAUUGUACCAAGGACGCCUUCAAUGGAAAUUACUGAACCAAUAAUGUUAUUUUAGUAAUUCAUUAGUUAUUUAAUACGACGCACUGACUUUUCUUUUUAUAAGAUUAUUUUGUACAUAGUGUAUAUUUAUAUGUUGAGAUUAGAGUUAUGUUUGUAAGGUGAUGCACCAAAAGUGUGAAUUUAUUUUUAAAGUGUUUUUGGUGUUUAAUUAUUAUUAUUUGGCUGUUAUUAUAUAGAUAUAUAAGGACAGAAACCCUGAAUACAUAUCUGGUACACUGUU